AUGCUGGUGAAGAUUCCGGCCUUUCUUGAUGGUAACUCAUACGUCCAUUACCACGAGCUGUCCGGUCGGUUUAUUGCUGGUAAUAGUGAUGGCUUAAUCAAGGUGUUCGAUCCUGAAUUACCUGAUCUGGAACCAUUAUCAUUGGAUAUUCCCGAGAACUUGACUUCCAUAUCGUCUUCUGGUGACAAUGUGCUCUUCACGAAUACCGAAGGCCAUCUUGCAAUGAUGGAAUUGUCGGAACCAAUUAGCGGAGACGAGACUUUCAAAGUUAUCUACAAAACCGAUCUUCCUUUGAGGGAUAGUACAUACAUCAACGAGGGCAAGAGGAUUGUGACAGGCGGGGAUGCUGAUGAUCUUGUGAUUAUUGACUGUGCCAACGAGUUUAAUCUGACGUCUAUCCCCGUACCUGAUUCAGUGGUGAGCAUUUCAUACAAUCCAGCUGGGGAACUAAUCAGUGUUGGUCUCGCCAAUGGAGACAUUCAAUUGGUGUCCGUGGUGAACGAAAAGCCCGAAUUUUUGGAGAAGCUUUCAUCGACCAUGCAUGAAAAGAAGCAUUCCUCUGUCGAUGUAAUUGAUUUCAAUGGUGAACAUAAACACGAAAUUGUGCCUACAAAGCCCCACUGGUUAGUCAACGGCGAAUAUCUUUUUGUUCCUAGCAAAGAGAAUACGAUCAAAAGUUUCAAUAGGUCUGACUUGCUGCAAAAGAGGGAGUUCAAGCACCCACAGGAUGAUCUUAUUGCAUACACAGUCUCACCCAACCACAAGUUCCUCCUCACACUCCACAAAAACGGAUCGCUUCUACUCUUUGACACUGAUAUUGGUGAUUUACUCGAGACCUACAAGUUGGGCGAACUCGACUGCUUACCCUUGAGUUUGGCUUGGAAUGCAAGAACGGCAUUUGUAGGUACAACAAACGGUGAGUUAUGGUCAGUCUCGGUCACUCCUCUGAUUCCCGACGAAGAACCUACACGGACCAGAUCAGAGGUGGACUCUUUAUUCUUGGAUGAAGCCAGCGAGUCUGAAUCAGAGGUCCCACAAGUAAAUGGCAAUGUUCCAGAGAAGAGAAGAGCCAAUGGUCUUGAUGAUUCAAGAAUUAUUGACGAAGAUGAAGAUGACGAGGAAGAGGAGGAGGAUCUAUACAAUAAAAGUGUCGAUGAUUACACACAUCAGAGACGCAAAAGGCAGAGGUUCCUGAAUGGCACUAAACAUGCAACUCCUCCUCCAACCAAACCCGUGGAUCUUGAUAUCAAGCCCUACACUCCCGGAUCCACCCCAUGGAUAUCAACUAACAACUACACAACCAAAAGACGUUACUUAUUCAUGAAUUCUGUGGGAUAUGUUUGGGCAGUCAAGAGCGAUAGCCCCGAGACAAGAGAUGGCCAACAAAGUAUAACUAUUUCCUUUUUCGACAGAACAAGCAAUAAGGACUAUCAUUUCAUCGACUACUUCAACUACGACUUAUGCUCGGUGAAUGAAAGAGGAAUUUUGUUGGGCAAUUCUGGACACAAGGCGGGGGGUGACGAACACAGUGGUCACAUCUACUACAGGCAUCACACCUCCACUAAUGACUCUUGGGAAAGGCGGAUUCCUUUGCUCAAAAAUGAAUACAUCACAUCACUCUGCCUCACCAGUUCCACUCUGACAAGCUCCGGUGACUCAUUGAUUGCAGUCGGAACCAAUCUUGGCUACUUGAGAUUUUUCAAUCUCUAUGGCCUUUGCAUCAACCUCAUGAAGGUGUCACCUAUUGUGACGCUUAUUUCGUCCCAAAUAUCCACCAUCUUUGUGAUCCACCAAUCUUCCCAAGAUAACUUCAACUACUCCAUAGUCGAUGUUGGGGAAGACUACAAAUUCUUGCAACAAAGCGCUCCAAUAGUGUUGAGAAACCUGUCAAAUGCACCAUUGAUCAAGGGAAUCUUUUUCAACGAGUUCAGUGAUCCGUGCAUUGUGGCAGGCUUUGAUGAUACAUUGACGGUAUUGUCACAUUGGAGAGAGCCUGGCAAUGCUAGAUGGAUUCCGAUCCUCAGUUGCAGUGAAGUUGUGUCUGACUACGGUAUCACUGAAUCCAAAAAGAACUGGAAAGCAUGGCCUCUUGGUCUCGCAGAAGACAAGUUUGUCUGCUUGAUUUUGAAGAAUAACGAUGCAUACCCUGGCUUCCCACUCCCCUUGCCUCUUGAACUAGAGGUUAAAUUACCAGUUAAGUGCUUCAAGUAUCUCAAACUGAAGAAGGGUAGCGAGGAUGCUGACAUCGAUGAUGAGAGGGACGACCAUGCAUCAAAGAUGGAGAAAUUGAACGAGGUUGAUCCAGAAGAAGAGUUUUUGAGAGCUUCGACGCUUGGUAAACUUCUAAACCUGACACUUCCAGAUCUUGAUGACCAGGAGGAGCUGCUUGAGAGGUUGAAUGGAUACAGUGUGGCCUUUGACAAAUCGUUGCUCAAACUCUUCGCCAACGCAUGCCAGGACCUGAGGCUCAACAAAGCACUCAGCGUUGUCAAGCUUGUCAAGAACGACAAGGCCUUGCUUGCGGCCUCGAGGAUUGCCGAGAGAUUCGAGUUCAUGAACCUUGCUGGGAAGAUCAACAAGCUCAGAGAGGACUUGCACGAGUUAGAAGUAGACGAGUAA